ACCUGGAAAUGCGCUUCGACAAGCAUGUGAGAAUAUUGGGUUCAAGUCUUCUUAUACUGCAAACGUUGCUGUAUAUGGCAUUUUUGCUGUAUGCACCAUCGCUUGCUUUAAAUCGCAGUCACAGGGCUUCAUCUGUGGGGCUCUGUUGUCGGCAUGGGGUUUGUUGUGACCUUCUACACGACUCUGGGCGGGAUGAAGGCGGUGCUGUGGACAGACACCUUUCAGGCCGGGGUCAUCUUUGCUGGUCUGCUGGCGGUACUCAUCCAAGGUUCUAUCGUCAUGGGCGGCUUCGGCAACGCCUGGCUCAUCGCUAGCAAUCGCUCCAGAAUCGUCUUUGACGAAUUUGACUUUGACCCCAAGACUCGACACACGGUAUGGUCAAUGGUUGUUGGCGGUCUCUUCUUCUGGGUCUACCUGUACGGCAUUAACCAGGCACAAGUACAGCGCUGCCUGUCUUGCCCUAGCGUCAAGAAAGCCCAGAUGGCUAUGUUCCUGAACAUGCCGGGACUGAUUCUCAUCGUCAGUCUCUGCUGCAUGAUCGGCAUCGUCAUGUUCGCCUUCUACGCCGACUGCCACCCGAUUACGUUUGGCCUCGUUACAAAAACUGACCAGCUCAUCCCACUUUUUGUGAUGGACAUCUUGGGACACGUUGACGGCCUUCCUGGAGUAUUUCUGUCCUGCGUCGUCAGUGGCAGCCUGAGUUCGUUGUCGUCGGGACUGAACGCUCUGGGAGCAGUUACGUUUAGUGACAUUAUGCAGACCAGCCAUUGCUGUAAAAACGUCUCGGAAUUCCGCUCCGCCAUGAUCUCAAAAUUACUCGUGGGUUUCUAUGGAUUGUUAGCCAUCGCUCUUGCGUGGGUUGUCUCUCAUCUGGGCUCCGUGCUUGAGGCCAUUUACAUAGUGUUUGGAAUACUCAAUGGCCCUGUGCUGGGGGUUAUCACAUUUGGGAUGUUCUUCCCUUGGGGCAACAAGUGGGGCGCUUUCUUCGGGACCAUGACCUCUCUGGUACUACUGCUGUGGAUAGGACUGGGGGCCUUCUUUAACGACAUCAAAACACCGCUGUCAGUGACCAGUACAACGGCCUGCAACUGGACGACCAAGGCAGGCAUCACAGAGCCUAAUGUCACCCUGACCACCACCGCCGUCACCACCACGACUAUAGUGACCCAUUCGUCUUCCGCUGGAGUGCUGGAGCCGCUGUACCAAAUGUCAUACAUGUGGUACACGGGACUGGGCAUGAUCUUGGUGUGGGGGCCUGGCAUCGUCAUCAGCUUCUUCACGGGCUUCACUAAACCGACCUCAAUUGAUCCCCGUUUGAUCUGCCCCAUCUUCGAUAAGCUCUUCCCCUGUCUUCCCGAGAAGAUUCUCAAGCCCCUUCGCUUUGGCAUCGUGCAUAAAGGGAAAUAUGACCGGAGCGCAUCAAAGAGCACCAUCUACAAUAUACAAUCUGGCUCUGCUUCUUCCCUCAACAAAAAUCCUGAAUUCUCGAAAGAGCGAGAUGGUGACAACACAUUCGUCAAGCCUACUCGUGAGGAAGAUGACACACCGAAAGUGAAAAUAAUUAUUGGUGAUGGGAAUAUUAAUGAGGCAUUCGCACCUGGAGAAAGUUUCGAAAACGGAGUAGUACAGACUCGACUGUAAACACUUUCAUGUGGUAGAUGGUAAUAUUAGCUUUUGAUUUAAAGCAGGGCCUUUAAACAUAGACUGGAUCUGAUAUUUGUCACUCUACCACCACUGAGGCUCAGACACCUUUUAUCAGCUUGCUUUAGAGAAUAUUGUUGUGCUCACUAUGCUUGCAUGUUAAACAGAGAUGUAUUUCUAAAUAAUAGGUGUAGCACUUUCCAAAGUUUUUUACAACUUUUAAAAUUAACUCACAAUCAAAUCUUUAUGUCCUGAUUUGUAAACAUAUUUGUAAACAUUGAUUUUGUCUCACGUCUAUGUCUGCACCGAUGAGUGUUUAACUGAGGAAAAGCAAACCUGGAGGUAGGGGUUUAUCUCCGUUUCCUAACUGUGGCUCCAAAUGCUUUUCUUUGUUCUGUAUUAUACUUAGUAUAUAACACUAUUACUUAAGCCAGGCAGGGGUGCUUACGGCUGAAAUGUUUCAAAGGUAACCAGGUGAGGAUCUGUAAUAAAGCCUUACAACACAA